AUGGACCCCUACAAGCCCAAGUCAUUGGGUAGUCUUGCCACUGAACUCAUUCUGAUGGUCGGAAAAUCCCUGUCCCUAGGAGAUGUUCGCUCCCUUGCCAAGUCCAAUCGCCGAUUCUACAUGUUAUUCCAAGAUACCGUUUUACGGACCGUCUACUGCCACAUAUGCAAAGAAUUCCACGAACACAAAGGCGAUGGUUUUGGCCUAUCUGGCCCAGUUUCGCAAUCGACCUCCCAGCUCCCAUGUGCCCACUCCUGUCACGCCAAAUUGAGGUGCCUACAACUGCCCAACAUUCGUUCGGAAUACGUUUUCUACCAUGUGCAACUCAAAUCCGCUAUGAAACGGUUUCAUGUGGGCCAUAAAUGUGGAAUAACUACCCAGUCGCUCUCAUACAAAGAAGUGACCCAAUACUCUGGCUGGACAACUGAUCCCACAUUUGGCAAACACACCUUGUUCUCAGUCGAGGCCAUGAUAUGUGGCAACCCACCAAGCUUGCAUCUCCGAGCCCAGACAAUAAUUCUCUACCGUCGCGAUCAAGGAGCCGAGACAUUUCCCAGCAAGAUCUGUAUGAAGCUCUGGCGGGAUACUCUUUCAUUUGGGUGGAAAGACCUCAAUUCCAUGGUGACCCCUGCCGAAGAGCAUUACACAGACCAAACCAUCCGGCAAUUCUGUGUUGAAGAAACCACUCUUCGCAAGAUAAAUUGCGAAUGCUCAAUUAACCAUGAGCUUCGUGUCCACAAUCUGGCAGGCGGGGCCAGAGCCGCAUUCGUGGUUACAAAGUGGCUGGACUUGGGGGAAGGCCAAUUCCAAACUGAUCGCCGUUGGACACAAAACUGUACAAAUCGCUGGUAUCAGAACUUUGGACAAAGCAGAGCAGCAAGCCCGCGGGCAACAUUCGAGAAUGCAUGCCCCGAAGACAACUCUGCCCUGAAAGCUGGUCUUCGAAGCGUGGCCUGCCUUCGGGACCAAUCGUACCAAUGCUGGCAGCGCGUGAUAGUCUCGUCUGGGACCCAUUUCAAUGGAUGGGUCCAAUGA